AGCGCCUGCGCCGUGUCACGGCGGCGGGCGGAAGAUGGCGGCGGCGGCAGCGUCUGCGGAGAGGCGCUGCUGAGGGGGCGCGAGGGGGACAGAGGCCGGAGUCGCGAACCCCUGCAUUGUCACUAUAGACGUUUUCCAUGUUCCUUUCUCUCCUCUCUGGAAACAGGGUCUUAGCUGCCCAGCUGGCUUAGACCUCACAAUCUCCUGCCUCCCAAGUAUGUUAAGACUACAGGGAGAACCUGACAGCAGUCAUGGCAAGCAGCAGCGGGGACAGUGUCACCCGCCGGAGUGUGGCAUCACAGUUUUUCACACAAGAAGAAGGGCCAAGCAUCGAUGGCAUGACCACUUCUGAGAGGGUGGUAGAUCUUCUGAACCAGGCUGCAUUGAUCACCAAUGACUCCAAGAUCACAGUGCUCAAACAGGUCCAAGAGCUGAUCAUCAACAAGGACCCCACCCUGCUUGACAACUUCCUGGAUGAGAUCAUCGCUUUCCAAGCAGACAAAUCCAUUGAAGUGCGCAAGUUUGUCAUUGGCUUCAUUGAGGAGGCAUGCAAGCGGGACAUUGAGCUGCUGCUAAAACUGAUCGCCAACCUCAACAUGCUAUUGCGGGAUGAAAAUGUGAACGUGGUUAAGAAGGCCAUCCUCACCAUGACCCAGCUCUACAAGGUGGCCCUACAGUGGAUGGUGAAGUCUCGAGUCAUCAGUGAUCUCCAGGAGGCCUGCUGGGACAUGGUGUCCUCUAUGGCUGGGGAAAUCAUCCUGCUUUUGGAUUCUGACAACGAUGGCAUCCGUACACAUGCCAUCAAGUUUGUGGAGGGCCUCAUUGUCACCCUGUCACCCCGCAUGGCUGACUCAGAGGUCCCACGACGCCAGGAGCAUGACAUCAGUCUGGACCGCAUUCCUCGAGAUCACCCCUACAUCCAGUACAAUGUCCUAUGGGAAGAAGGCAAGGCAGCUGUGGAGCAGCUGCUGAAGUUCAUGGUGCACCCCGCCAUCUCCUCCAUCAACCUGACCACAGCGCUCGGCUCCCUUGCCAACAUCGCCCGCCAGAGACCCAUGUUCAUGUCCGAGGUGAUCCAGGCCUAUGAGACUCUGCAUGCCAACCUGCCCCCAACGCUGGCCAAGUCCCAGGUGAGCAGUGUGCGGAAGAACCUUAAGCUGCACUUGCUCAGUGUGCUCAAGCACCCUGCCUCCUUGGAGUUCCAGGCCCAGAUCACCACCCUGCUGGUGGAUCUGGGCACGCCCCAGGCUGAGAUCGCCCGAAACAUGCCUAGCAGCAAGGACUCCCGCAAGCGGCCCCGGGACGAUACAGAUUCCACGCUCAAGAAGAUGAAGCUGGAGCCCAACUUGGGAGAAGACGAUGAGGACAAAGACUUGGAGCCUGGCCCAUCAGGGACGUCAAAGGCGUCAGCCCAGAUCUCAGGCCAGUCAGACACGGACAUCACUGCUGAGUUCUUGCAGCCUCUGCUGACACCUGACAAUGUGGCCAAUCUGGUCCUCAUCAGCAUGGUGUACCUGCCUGAGACCAUGCCUGCCUCCUUCCAAGCCAUCUACACCCCUGUGGAGUCAGCAGGCACUGAAGCCCAGAUCAAGCACCUGGCUCGACUCAUGGCCACACAGAUGACAGCUGCAGGACUGGGUCCUGGUGUGGAACAGACGAAACAGUGCAAGGAGGAGCCCAAGGAGGAGAAGGUGGUAAAGCCGGAGAGCGUCCUGAUCAAGCGGCGCCUGUCGGUGCAGGGCCAGGCCAUCUCUGUGGUAGGCUCUCAGAGCACCAUGUCUCCCUUGGAGGAGGAGGUACCCCAGGCCAAGAGGAGGCCAGAACCCAUCAUCCCUGUCACGCAGCCACGGCUGGCAGGCGCAGGUGGGCGCAAGAAGAUCUUCCGUCUGAGCGAUGUGCUGAAGCCCCUGACAGAUGCCCAGGUGGAAGCCAUGAAGCUAGGAGCUGUGAAGCGGAUCCUGAGGGCUGAGAAGGCUGUAGCCUGCAGUGGGGCAGCCCAGGUGCGCAUCAAGAUCCUGGCCAGCCUCGUAACACAGUUCGACUCCGGAUUCAAGGCAGAGGUGCUGUCCUUUAUCCUGGAAGAUGUCCGGGCCCGUCUGGACCUGGCUUUUGCCUGGCUCUACCAGGAAUAUAAUGCCUACCUGGCAGCAGGGACCUCAGGCACUCUGGACAAAUAUGAGGAUUGCCUCAUCUGCCUGCUCUCUGGACUACAAGAGAAACCAGACCAGAAAGAUGGGAUCUUUACCAAGGUGGUUUUGGAGGCCCCACUGAUCACUGAGAGUGCCUUGGAGGUGAUACGGAAGUACUGUGAGGAUGAGAGUCGUGCCUACCUGGGCAUGUCGACACUUGGAGACCUGAUCUUCAAGCGCCCUUCUCGCCAGUUCCAGUAUCUGCACGUUCUUCUUGACCUCAGCUCUCACGAGAAGGACAGGGUGCGCUCCCAGGCCUUGCUCUUCAUUAAGCGAAUGUAUGAGAAGGAGCAGCUUCGAGAGUAUGUGGAGAAAUUUGCCCUCAACUACCUGCAGCUCCUGGUCCACCCCAACCCACCCUCGGUGCUGUUUGGAGCCGACAAGGACACAGAGGUGGCCGCACCCUGGACAGAGGAAACAGUGAAGCAGUGUUUGUAUCUGUAUCUGGCUCUCCUGCCUCAGAACCACAAGCUGAUCCAUGAGCUGGCAGCCGUGUACACUGAAGCCAUCGCUGACAUCAAGCGGACAGUGCUGAGGGUCAUUGAGCAGCCGAUCCGAGGGAUGGGCAUGAACUCUCCAGAGCUGCUGCUGCUGGUAGAAAACUGUCCCAAGGGGGCAGAGACGCUGGUCACCCGCUGCCUGCACAGCCUCACCGACAAAGUGCCACCAUCCCCAGAACUGGUGAAGCGGGUCCGAGACCUGUACCACAAACGGCUGCCUGAUGUGCGCUUCCUCAUCCCCGUGCUCAAUGGGUUGGAGAAGAAAGAGGUGAUCCAGGCGCUGCCCAAGCUCAUCAAACUCAACCCCAUUGUGGUGAAGGAAGUCUUCAACCGCCUGCUAGGCACUCAGCACGGUGAGGGGAACUCGGCCCUGUCCCCCCUGAAUCCAGGAGAGCUGCUGAUUGCAUUGCACAAUAUUGACUCUGUGAAGUGUGACAUGAAGUCCAUCAUCAAAGCCACCAACCUGUGUUUUGCGGAGCGGAAUGUGUACACGUCGGAAGUGCUAGCUGUGGUGAUGCAGCAGCUGAUGGAGCAAAGCCCUCUGCCCAUGCUGCUCAUGCGGACCGUCAUCCAGUCCCUCACCAUGUACCCCCGCCUGGGGGGCUUCGUCAUGAACAUCCUGGCCCGACUCAUCAUGAAGCAGGUAUGGAAGUACCCCAAGGUAUGGGAGGGCUUCAUCAAGUGCUGCCAGCGCACCAAGCCACAGAGUUUCCAGGUCAUCCUGCAGCUACCUCCACAGCAGCUUGGCGCAGUCUUUGACAAGUGCCCUGAGCUCCGGGAGCCACUGUUGGCCCAUGUGCGCUCCUUCACUCCCCACCAGCAAGCACACAUCCCCAACUCCAUCAUGACCAUCCUGGAGGCCACUGGAAAGCAGGAGCCCGAAGUCAAGGAAGCACCUUCAGGGCCCCUGGAAGAGGAUGACCUGGAGCCCUUGGCUCUGGCUUUGGCCCCGGCUCCGGCCCCGGCCCCGGCCCCGGCCCCGGCCCCGGCCCCUGCCCCACGGCCCCCUCAGGACCUCAUCGGCCUGCGAUUGGCUCAGGAGAAGGCCCUGAAGAGGCAGCUGGAGGAGGAACAGAAGCAGAAGCCCACAGGCAUCGGAGCGCCCGCUGCCUGUGUGUCCUCAACGCCCUCGGUGCCAGCAGCAGCCCGAGCUGGGCCCACCCCAGCUGAGGAGGUCAUGGAAUACCGGGAGGAGGGUCCCGAAUGCGAGACCCCGGCCAUCUUCAUCAGCAUGGACGACGACUCGGGGCUGGCUGAAACCACACUGCUGGACUCUAGUCUCGAGGGGCCCCUGCCUAAGGAGGCAGCAGCAGUCGGGUCGAGCUCCAAGGAUGAGCGGAGCCCCCAGAACCUCAGCCAUGCUGUGGAAGAAGCCUUGAAGACCUCCAGCCCAGAAACCAGGGAACCCGAGAGCAAGGGGAACAGCUGACAGCUGCGGGAGUUUGGGGGGAGGGGAGGGGCGGGACGGGGCCUCCUGGAGCUUUGCCUUAACACAAAUAAAAGAGGGCGUAGCUGCGCCAGGUUAGAAA